AUGGCUUUUAAGGCUGCUGCUUCAACUACUGCUCUCCUGUUGUGUCUCAACUACCUUGUUUUCUUCACUUUGGUGAGUGGAAAUUAUUGCCCACCACCACCAAAGCCCAGGCCACCAACCCCAAAGCCCAGCCCAAGUCCCUCUAAGGCCACUUGCCCAAAGGACACCCUUAAGUUUGGGGUGUGUGCUGACUUGUUGAAUGGCUUAGAGCAUGUUAUUGUGGGGACCCCACCAGUGACCCCUUGUUGUUCUCUUCUCAAAGGCCUCGCUGAUGUUGAAGCUGCUGUUUGCCUCUGCACUGCCAUUAAGGCCAAUGUUUUGGGGAUCAAUCUAAAUAUUCCAGUCUCCUUGAGCUUGCUCUUGAACUACUGUGGCAAGAAGGCUCCUAAGGGCUUCCAGUGUGAAUAA